AUGCUGGAUACAAGAAUGUACGAUCAGGCUUAUUUGCUAAAAAUGUAAAGGUUUAAAAAAAAGUCCUACUGAUAUCGGCAUUAAAAAAAGUCUUACUGUUAUCGGCAUUAAAAAAGUGAUUUGUUUAUUUUAUUCCGAGGUGCUGUGCUAAUGUAAAUAAUUUGCAAUAACGUAAAAUAUAUUCAAUGUACGAGUAUCUGAGUGUAUACAUUUUACAUUACGAUAGUUUUUUUUUAUUUAGAUCUCAAUGAGUUGCUGAAGGAAGGACGAGAGGCUGAGCAAUAACAUAACUCAAUGGAUCGAUUUCCUACAUGUCUAAAUUUGAGGCAGUAAGCUGGCCCAUCCAUCUGAUCUUAGCAGAUGGAAUCACAAAGCAUAAGGUAUUUUAAAUGAACAUUGCAAACACAGUAUUUUAUACAUGUGUGUAGCAAAAUGGAUUUUGGCCAAAUCGAAGUGUGCUUUAUCUGUGAUGGAGAAGUUUGGAACUGUGAGACUGUCCUAAGUGAGGAGAAAACCUGUAGCAGUAAAACUCCUUUUCCAACAAAAAUCAGUCAACUGAUUGGUGAAGCUUUCAUGGUUGUUAUAUCAGAAAAUGACAAGUUGUGUACAAGAUGUACAGCACUUAUUAAUAAGUCAGAUAAACUGGAGAUGGAGCUAAAGAAAAUUAAGCACAUUCUUGUAAAAUUGUUGUUUAUUAAAUACAAUCUUGAUACAAUAGAAGAAGUCAAUUUCAGUUUGUCUCAAGAAUCGGAACUAAUAGAAGAAAAUGACCAUGAAAUAUUUAAUGACAUGGAAACAAGUACAAAGGGAUCAUCCAAUGAAAUCUCAAAAAGUCUUACAUCUUCCAAUGAUAAUAAUAAGAGGAUGGAUUUAAACCUUAUCCAGAAAAAAAGCAAUAGUGUUGUAAAUAUCAAAACAGAACCACUGAGUUGUAAAGAUUCUAAUGAAUACUCUGAUACAUGUGAUAAUACAAACAUUGACAUAAAACCAAAGAUGCUCAUCAAAUGCGAAGAUGAGCUAGAAAAAGACAAUAACAAUUUUAGAGUUUCUGAAAAAAUAAAGUUCAGUGACAUGCCACUUCUUUGUGAGGACAAACCCAGUGAGUCAUAUAAAUCUCAUGAAUCAUCAGUGUUUAGAGAAAUAAAGAGUGAAAAACAUUUGUUAGAAAAUAUCUUAGAUCCUAAAUUUAUAUCUUUCCAAAAGUUAAAUUUUGAAAACAAUUCUCUUAAACAAAUACCUUUGAUAAAGAAAUCUUCUGUUCGAACUAAGCCUGAAAGUGAGAAGCUAAAAAACCAUUCCAUUUAAGAAAUUAAGACAAAUUUUACCAAAAAUUACAAGUUUUAAUGAUUUGGCUACAUUAUGUACAGUAGAAAUCAACACUCAAAAUAAUCAAACAUUUGGCACUCCAGAUUCUGUAGCUU